AAAUAAUGAAACAUCUUGCCGCUUAUUUAUUGCUUAACCUCGCCGGAAAAAAUCCCAAAGCCAAAGACAUAAAGGCUCUUCUUGAUAGUGUUGGCAUUGAAGGGGAUGACGAGAGGAUAAAAAAUUUACUUUCUGAACUAGACGGUAAAGAUAUCCAGGAGCUGAUCACUGAGGGCACCUCUAAACUUGCUUCUGUUCCUUCUGGUGGUGGUGUCUCAGCCAGUGCUGCAAGUGGUG